GUGUGUGUGUGUGUGUGUGUGUGUGGGGGCGGGGGGCGUGGUCGUGACGUUGCUCGUCUACCACCUGUGUUACUCUGUGGUGAGACUCAUCUGAGACGUCUGACUGCUCACAACAGCUCCUCGGUCCUUUACCAAGAUGCAGAAGUGGGUUGUGUUCUGUUGGGCUCUCCUGGCCCUGGCUGGUGCCGAACAGUGUCCAGAUGGAGGGAGAUCAUGCGAUGAGGGUCAAACCUGCUGCAACGACCCGGCAAACGGCUACGAAUGCUGCCCCCUGGGUCAGGCUGAGUGCUGCGGAGAUCACGCGCACUGCUGUCCUGCGGGCACGACCUGCGACGUGGACAAAUCCAGCUGCGUGAACGCCACCGCGUCCGUCCCCUGGGUGGAAAGAGCUUCCGCUGAUCAACCCGGACUCUCCAAAUCCUUCAGGAUGAUCAAGACGUACAUGGGGGAGGAAGAUGACAACGUCUGUCCCGAUCAGUCCCGAUGCCCACCUGAGUUUUCAUGUCUCAGGGCCUUGACAAGAUUUGGCUGCUGUCCCCUAGCUCAGGGAGUCCCCUGCUCUGAUGGCAAACACUGCUGCCCAGAGGGCCACCAGUGCAGUGCAGACAGCCGGUCCUGCAGCAGAAAAGAGUUGUCGUCUGCAGUUUUGUGCGCCGAUGAAGUGUCAGAGUGUCCUGAACAAACCACCUGCUGUGAAACCCCAGAAGGCCAGUGGGGAUGCUGCCCCAUGCCGAAGGCCGUGUGCUGCGAGGACAAGCUGCACUGCUGCCCCGAGGGGAGCACAUGUAAUGUCCAGCACUUCAAAUGCAUUUCCUUGUCCACCAAAAAAGAGAUGCCAAUGUGGGCCAAACUCCCUGCCAGGGCGAGAGCAGACUGGGAGAACAAGAAAGAGGUCGAACCAGUUACUGCGGAGGAAGUCAAUGACGGUGCAUCAGAAAAAGCCCCCGAAUUCACCACGGCCAACACAGUUCCCCCUUCGGAGGAGGAAGCAUCUGUGUCAUCUGUCACUAAAGGUAGUGAUGUCCUCUGCAAUGACACAGUCGUCUGUUCGGACGGCACAACAUGCUGUAAAACCCUUGACGGCGGCUGGGCCUGCUGUCCCCUGCCAGAGGCUGUUUGUUGCGAUGAUCAUAUUCACUGCUGCCCAAAGGGUAAGAAGUGUAACCUGACCGGCCUGACCUGCGACGACGACACGUGCUCCGUGCCCCUGGUCAGGAAGCUGCCCGCAGUCCCCAGACGGGACGUGAAGGUGGGGGACGUCGCAUGUGACUCCAGCACAACUUGUCCAGACGGCAGCACGUGCUGUAAAACCAAAGACGGCGGCUGGGCGUGCUGUCCUCUACCAGAGGCUGUUUGCUGUAAAGAUUUUAUCCACUGCUGCCCAAAAGGCAAGACGUGCAACCUGGCGGCCCUGUCCUGCGACGACAACACCGGGUCCGUGCCGUGGGCCGAGAAGGUGUCUGCUCUCCCCAGGCAGGGCGCAUGGGUGGGGGACGUCACGUGUGACUCCAACACAACUUGUCCGGACGGCUCCACGUGCUGUAAAACCAAAGAUGGCCACUGGGCGUGCUGUCCUCUACCUCAGGCGGUCUGCUGUGACGACCACGAGCACUGCUGUCCCACGGGCACCACCUGUGACCUGACCAUGCUCACCUGUAACGGCCCCGCCGGCGCCACACCCAUGGAGCAGAAGAUGCCUGCGUUUGUCACGCCGGCACCCACCGCGGCGGACACCACGACCCCGAGCCCGGUAACGAGCGCCGAGGAGGAGGAGGGGGAGGGGCCUCAGCAGGAGGAAGAGGGGGAGGAGCCUCGGGAGGAGGAGGAGGAGCCUCAGGAGGAGGAGGAGGAGCCUCAGGAGGAGGAAGAGGAGGAGGAAGACAAGGAGGACGUGAAUAAAGAAAUGGAGGGCAGGACUCAGUGUGACCCCCGCACCAGCUGCCCUAGACACACCACCUGCUGCUUCAUGGCCUCGUCACAGAAGUGGGGAUGUUGCCCACUGCCGGAGGCCGUGUGCUGCUCUGACGGCGACCACUGCUGCCCCGCCCACUACAAGUGCAACGAGCGCGGGACCUCGUGCGUCCGGGGAGACCUUGUGAUCCCCUGGUACACCAAGCUUCCAGCCACCACCAGCGUUCAGGCCGAGGCCAGCGCCGUGCAGUGCGACGGGCUGAACCGGUGCCCUGAACGCACCACCUGCUGCCGGCUCUUCACGGGCGUGUGGGGCUGCUGCCCGCUGCAAAGUGCCGUGUGCUGCCCGGACAAGGAGCACUGCUGCCCGCAGGGCUACAGCUGCGACAUCGGCUCCAAGUCGUGUCAGAAGGUCAUCAUGCUGCAGCUGGAGACCGUCCCGCUGACGCCGGUCUACCUGCCCGAGCAUCAAGACCAGCCCACUCCUCUAAAGCACAGGGACGUGCAGUGCGACACCGCGGCCAAGUGCAACGACGGCGAGACCUGCUGCAGGACGUCCGCCGCGACCUGGGGCUGCUGCCCGUCCCCUAAUGCGGUGUGCUGCGGCGACAUGAGUCACUGCUGUCCCUCCGGCUACACGUGCAUCCAGGGCGGCGUCUGCGUCCGGAACACGGGACUUCACUGGCACAACUGGAACAUGUUCCUCGCCAACAAAAAGAGAGCUCUGAUUGUAUGAAAAAAACCCGCUGUCAUUUCAGUCUGCAUGCAUUGCACUAAAUUAGGAUAAUUGAAAGGGAUUUUAUGAUUUUUAAAAAUAAAAUGUUUACUCUUGGGAGGACAGUGGUAAAUGGUGAAGGGGAAAUUCCAUUGAUCUCAGGUUUGCAAGGUUCCAUCUACAGGCAUCUGUGUCAGGUCUGACAUAUGAGAGUCAAUGUUCACAUUUUCACAACUCAUAUUAAAAAGAAGACAGUAGAUUCUUGUGAAUCAAAGCACAAUUCUUGAAACUCUAUCAAUUUGAAAAAACAACAACAAUCAAGUGAAACACUCAGACUGUUACUGUUUGGGGCAUAAUUUACUUUACAAAUACGAGCUUCUGUGUGAUUCCACCAAUGAUGUAAGUGUUGUUUUCUGUUCAGUCUGAUUUAUCUGAUUGUGUUCGGAUCAUUUUGUGACGUCUGUAAUGAAUUACUCGCGCGUCAACCGCCUGGAAAUAUGGUUUCAAAUCAAAAGUGUUUUAAUUUUGUGGAUUUGUUUAAAUUUGAGUUGGAUGUAUAUGUGUGCUUGGUGCAGCUAAAAAGCGUCUCUACAUUUUCCAUAAAAAGCAAUAAACAGGAUGUGACAUUA